AGAAGAAGAAGAAGAAGAUCUGCCACUGAAACACAGGAAAGAGUCGGUGACGCAAAAAACAAACUCGAUGUGACCAGUUUCUACUUUCUAAAACUCUGCACAAUACUAUUUCUUUCACUUUUUUUUUUUAAUGAGCGUAUACAAACUGCUGAAGCCUUGACUUCUGUCUGUGGGUGCUUUUUUCCCCCCCUCUGUCUCCGUCCGUUUGGGGUGUUUUUUUCAAAACCGAAAGUAAAGUGAAGCGGGCCCGUGAAGCCAUGGAAGAGGACAUGGAUGAGGAAAUGCCAGAAGAAAUACCUCUCCGGCAGGACCUGACCUGUCCCGUGUGUAAGGACAUCUUCCAGGACCCCGUGCUGCUGCCGUGCACCCACAGCCUCUGUCGCGAGUGUCUGCAGAAAUGUCUUCGGGUCAAGAAGAAGUGUCCCGAGUGCAGGGAGCCGUGUGAGGAGGGCCAGGGCAUCGCCAACCGGGCGCUCAGCAGCGCUUGCGAGAGCUUCCUCAGACAGACGAACUGGCGGCCGAACCGAAAACGAGCCAGCGAGGACACCUGUAAGCUGCACCUGAAGCCGCUGGAGCUGUACUGCGAGAAGGACGAGGAGCCCGUGUGUGUGGACUGUGUCACGCUGCACAACACACACACGCUGUGGUCACUGAGGCAGGGGGCACCCAUGUGUAAGAGGGAACUGGAAUUCAAAGUCCAGAUUUUUGAAAAGAAAGUGGAGAAAUACAAGAAAACGACACGUAAACUCAGCAACGCAAUGGAGUACAUCAAGCAUCAAGCUCUGCAGGCAGAGAAGCAUAUCAAGGCGGAGUUUGAGAGGCUCCACAAGGCUCUUGUCACAGAGGAAGCUCUGCGUCUAAAAGCCCUGGCUUCGGAGGAGGAGCUGAAGACUGCUGCCUUACAGGAGCUGAUUGACAAGACAACAAAGGACAUUGCCGAUAUGAACAAGCUCAGUGAUACACUGAAGAAAGAGAUGGGCAACGAGGAUCUGUCUCUCCUGCGGAAUUUCCAGAGGUUAAAAAGAGAAGCCCAGUGGACUCGUGAAGAACCUCAACUCCCUGAAGACUCUCUUUUGAAUAUGGGCAAGCAUGUUGGUGCUUUGAGCUUCAAGAUCUGGAAGAGCAUGCAGGUCCACGUCAAAUAUAAUCCAGUGGUGUUGAACCCUAACACAGCCUCUCCGUGGCUGUCCUUGAAUGCUGACCUGUCCAGUGUGAAGGAAAGCUCAGAGCGGAUGACCGCUCCCGACAACCCAGAGCGUUUUGACCCCUGCGUUUUUGUGCUGGGUGCUGAAGGUUACACCUCUGGGAAACACCGAUGGGAUGUCAUUGUGGGUGACAACCCCAGGUGGAUUGUGGGAGUUUGCCAAGAGUCAGUGCCACGUAAAAAGAAGUUCACGGUGUCUACGAGCCGUGGUGUGUGGUCCAUAGCACUGAGCAAAGGGGUGUACAACGUCUUAACACCUGAGCGUACAGAGCUGCAGGUGCAGCAGCGUCCUGAAAGGAUCCGCGUUAAGCUUAAUUUAGAUAAGGGAGAGGUGUCAUUUUGGGAUGGGGGAACUGCAAAGCACCUUGUCACUUUAACGCACAAGUUUGAUGAGAAGAUGUAUCCUAUUUUUGGCCCUGGGCUCCAUAGUACGGCUACGACUCUGGUUCCGGGAAAAAUAGCUGUUCACACGUCAUGAUGAGCCGAUAUACUGCAGAGGGAUGGAAGUUGACCGUAAAAAUGUAUGAUUGAAAUAAUAACCUUUUUCAAAUAAAAAAAGUCUUUAAAAACAAGAUCAACUUAGCAACACUUUACCAGUCAAAGAGAGAUGAAAUGCCAAUCAAUGUAAAAAAUAAAUCUGGCAAUGAGAAGAGAGACUGAAUAAUAAAACUUGAGGAGACGAUCAGAAUAUAGAUGAUCAUGCUGAAUGAGAUUACUCAAAGAUUAUAAAAGACAGUACAUUCACUGAAAGCGUAACAAAAAAUAUGUUUUAAGAAAUGAUUUCAAUGAUGGGGAUAACUUAAAUGUUUGGCACAAGGUACUAAUGUUGAAAAAAAAUGUCAUGAAGAAAGUUUAAAUAGAAAUCUUGCAGCUGCAUGAUGCACAUGUUAAAGCUGAGAGAUUACUUUGUGAACACUGACUGUGUACAGGAAAUUGCAAAAAUAUUUUUUAAUUGUGCAUUAGCUGACCGGAAGCUUAUCUGAUGCUGGUGGCCAACACUGAUAAAGUUUUUAGUGGUGAAUAAAACGGCCUCUCUUGAUUUAUUAUUGCACAGGAAGAAAUAUUGGGACAUCCAGCUCUUAAUAUCUGAAAGGUCAAUAAAAAAAGUGUAAUGUGAAUAUUAUAAUUAAAAUUGCAGUACUGUUAUGGUAGUUCUGUGAUCUUUACAUUUUUCAUUACACAAUAUCCGUUUUAUAAGGGCUCAAUUGAAUGAGAUGCAUUUAGGCUUGUGAAAUGCCCUUUAAUUAAUCCUACUUUUUUAAUAUGAUUUUGUUGAUUCUGCUUGAAUAUAGUGGACUAAAAUGUACUAAAUCUGUGUGGGUUUGUUGGUUUUAGGUUUAUUGUAUUUCAUCACUCAGCACUAAGUUUGAAGUUGUCCUGCUCAGCUGAACACCGCUUAGACAAUACAGUAAAUACGAUUCUUCCACUAAUGCUCUGAAUCUGUAUAUGCUGAAAUUUGUUGUCACCAUAUAAACACUUGUUCAAUUAAAAAACAUUAA